AUGACACUAUUUGCAACACUGUCCAGUUUAGGUUACAACUCAUCAUCAACAUUGGGAUUAUAUAUUGCAAAUUGGUUGCCUAAAUCUUAUGCAUGUUUCAUUGAAGUAGGAGUUUGUUUUAUACUUGGUUUAAUAUGGAUACGGCUUGUCUGGAAUAUACUAAAACGUUUAGAUGGAUUACCUGUUGAAGAAUGGUAUUUGAAAGAUUCUUCUUCAACACUCUAUCAUUUAGUAUCAGAAGAAGAUUAA